GUACAAUUUAAAAUUUAAGAAGACUAAUUUUUUGCCAUUUACCAUUAUCGAACCCUUAAUUUUCGUUUCAAAAUCACAAUCGACUUGAGGAACAUAAUGGAAAAUUUUAGAGAAUUGAGCAUUCACACGAAAACUGGUGAAAGUUUAUAUAAUAAUUCGUACAUGUCAGAUAUUAAAUUCCAGGUGGGAGAGGACAUAAUGUACGCUCAUAAAAAUUUUCUAUCAUGUAAAAGUGAAAUCUUUUAUACCAUGUUUUAUGGUAACGCGAAGUUCGAGGAUAGUUGCGUACGCGUUGAGGAUCUGUCAAAGAAGGCUUUUGAAAUCAUAUUGAAGAAUAUAUACACUGGUGAAAUUGAUUUUAAAGGUAUGGACAGCAAAUUACUUUUAGAGAUUUUAUAUGGAGCAGAAAAAUAUAUGCUGAAGGAUUUAAUCUCAAAAUGUGCAGAAGAAAUUAAUAUUAGUAACGAGAACGCCGUUCCUUUUCCUAUUUCCCGUGAUGAUGUAACUCAGCCUCAGAUUAUCGAAACUGAUGAUAGUUUUAGGGCUUUAAAAUCAUAUUUGGCGUCAUCGAUUCAUUCAGAAAUGGAUAUCGAAGAUUAUUUAGUGAAAAUAACGGAAAAUUUUAAAUCAUUUAAAGAUCGCGCGAAAAUAAAUGAAAGAUUGUUCAAAAAUUCUUACAUGUCCGAUGUCAGUUUCGAGGUGAAAGGGGAAAUAAUAUACGCCCAUAAACCUAUUCUAUCAUGUCAAAGUGAAAUGUUUUAUACCAUGUUCUAUGGGAGUGUGAAAUUGGAAAAUAAUUGCAUAAGCAUUAGAGAUCUUAGUGUAAAAGCUUUCGAAGUUAUCUUAAAGAAUAUAUACACAGACAAAGUCGAUUUUAGGGAAAUGAGAGCUGAUGAAAUUUUAGAAAUUUUAUAUGGAGCUAAAAAAUAUUUAUUGGAGGACUUAAUUUCAAAAUGUGUGGAAGAAGUAAAUAAGAAAACAGAAUAUUAUGAUAGGGCUUUUACACUAUACCUAGCAUCGCAAAUUCAUCCAGAAAUUGAUAUUAAUAAUUGUUUUCAUCAAAUUAUUUUCGCCUUUCUGGUAGAAUGGGCCAAAAAUGAAAUCGCCAAAGAUUUAAUUUCUAACGAUUCAAACAAUAUAAUAUCUAAAUUAUCGGAAAACAAAUUCGAUCCGAUUUCUUAUAUAAGAGAAUUCAAUAUCUUAGACAUAAAAGAAUUAGUACAACGUCAUCAUUUGUUAAAUGACACCGAAAUAUGUGACAUUUCUAUAAAAAAAUUUAAUUAUACCGAAAAUUAUUUUAGUUCUGAAAAAUUGUCUACAGAAAGUGAAGUUUGUAUAAUUAAUUUUAGAAUCCCAAAUAUGGUACCAUAUAUAACUGGAAUAGAUUUGAUUUUAGAUUUUAAUGGCAUACUAACUAUUACAGUGAAAUUAUACGGGAGGGCCACCAUUUAUAAAUAUGAAAAAAAGAUUUAUAGACAUUUUGAGUUAAUUCCCGGAGGAAUUGGCAUUUAUCGACCAUAUCUUUACAUCCUCGAAUUAAAUGACGAAAAUUCUUCUAAAAUUGAAUUAAAGUGGAAAAAAAAUGACUUACUUAUGACUUCUUCGAAAGAUUGUAAAAUUUCUAAUGUAUUAUACACGUAA